ACCGGCCGAUAUGUUAUUCUUAAAACAUUUGUGUCGGGUCACUCUGCUGUGCUUCGACUGUGUCAUCCUAUAUACUACCUAACUAGAUAACGUCUUGGUAUUUAGGUAUUACAUUAUUGAUAUAUCUAUCAAAAUAGCUUUUCCGCCUGCAUACUGCAGCUGCGAGGCCUUCUUAUGUCCCUGGGAAGGGUAGUGUAAGGCACCCUGGCUGGUGUAGACAGGAGAAAUACGUCAAUCUCAAUUCUGGUAGAGCUAAGCUAGAGGACCCUUAUUACCGCAUUUUCGAGUUCCCGUUUGGCAACCCCAAGGUCGACCAAUGUUGUCAGACCGUUAUUUCCAGCAAGCGCACAACUGAGGCCCACCGAGACUAUAAGUGUUAGGACACCAGCAUAAGUUCAGCCAACUUCGAACUACCUAGCCGAAUUGGUGAAAUUGCUAGCAGACGCUUCGCUUCGUUGCAAGCCGUUCGUAAGGUGUAUUAUUCCCGUUACACCUUACGAAUUCCGUUUUUAGCAGGAGCAGCACAGCAGUCACGAAUCGCAACUGGGAGCAAUGAGGCUAUGCGCAAGCGUCGGAGCGCUUGCAGGCGGCAGAUGUCCUAGCAGACGCCUGCGACCGAACGUACGGUCAACUCCUGCGCCUAUUGCUGUGCAUACCCUACAUCGACAGCUAUCGCAAAUGGUGCUCCUGUUGCCUCUGCUAUUGCUGACGGCAGUUAUGUUUCCGGAGCAUGCGCUUGCUAAAAUGUCGCCGCCGCCCCCCAGCCCCGCCUCCCCGCCUCCCGCUCCGCAGCAGCCUAACUUUGUGCUGAUCCUCACAGACGACCAGGACGAGGUCCUCAACUCCACGCACGCCGCCUACAUGCCGGCACUGCAGCGGCUGCUGGGCUCCCGCGGCACUCGCUUCGCCAACACGCAGGUGCCCACCUCCGUGUGCUGCCCCUCCCGCGUGGCGCUGCUCACCGGGAAGAUGCCGCACUGCACCAACGUGACGGCCAACUGGGCGCCCGCAGGCGCCUGGGGCAAGUUCUCCCGCCUUAGUCUGGACUCCAGCUGGCUGCCCGUGUGGCUGCAGCAGGGAGGGUACCAGACCUACCUGGUCGGCAAGUUCCUCAACGGAUUCACCACCCCCCUGCCUGCCAAGGCGCACUGCCCCUAUGGCUGGAACGUCUUCGACGCCCUCACCGAUGGAGUCUACAAGUACUACGACUCCUCCUUCUCACUCGACUGCGCACCCCGUUCCACGUCGUACAGCGGGCAGUACCAAACGGACGUCAUCCGGGACAAGGCCCUGUCGUACAUUGAGGACGCCGUGGCUGACGGCCGGCCCUUCUACAUGCACCUCACCCCCGUGGCCCCGCACACGGACAACGGCGACCCCGCUGCCGGCUGGCGGCCCCCCCCGCCCGCGGAGCGCCAUGCGGACCUCUUCUCCGAUGUGCAGCUGCCCGGCAACCCCACCUACCUGACAGCCAACCCGCUGAACCCCUCCAAGCUGGCUGACAUGAGCAGCGAAUGGGAGGUCAGGGACAUGCGUGAGCUGUACCUAGCUCGGUUGCGGGCGUUGCGUGCAGUGGACGAGAUGAUUGAGGCCGUGGUCGACAAACUAGAGCAGCUGGGUGUCCUCAACAAUACCUACCUCAUCUUUGCGUCUGAUAAUGGGAUGCACAUGGGACAGCACAGCCUCGCCGCUGGCAAGGCAACCAAUCUAGAGGAGGACAACCGCGUGCCGCUCUUCAUAGCGGGUCCCGGGGUGCCUGCCGGCGCCGUGAGCGCCUACCAGGCCAGCCUGGUGGACCUGCCGCCCACCAUCCUCACACUGGCAGGUUUGGACACGCCUGCCGGCCUGGACGGUAUGCCGCUGCCGCUGGAGGGCCUCACCACGGCAGCGUACGACAAGGCCCUGCAGACCGCCAUCGCCGCCGCCGCGGCGCGGGCGCCGCCGUCGCCGCCGCAGCCCUCCCCGCCGCCCCGUCAGCCGUCGCCCUCGUCGCCACGACCCCCCUCACCGCCAUCUCCGCCGUCGGCCCCGUCACGGCCGCCGUCACCACCGCCGCGCCCCUCACCGCCGCCGUCAAAGCCCUCGGUGCCACCACCUCCACCGUCACCGCCGCCGCCGCCUCCGUUGCCGCCGCCGCUGCCGCCGCUGCGACCGGCACCACCGUCACAACCACCGCCUCCCAAGCUCCGACCGAUUCGCUCGUCGUUCAUACCACCGCCGCCGCCAUCGCCACCCCCGUCAAAGCCGCCAUCGCCCCUUCCGCCGUCACCGCCGCCGCCGUCGCCUCGACCACCGUCGCCGCCACCGUCACCGCCGCCGCGUCUGGUCUUGCGCCGUGAAGGCCAAAUGCUACUAUCAGUACAAACUUGGUAUUAUCUUCCGUCGCCGCCGCCGCUGCCGCCGCUGCGACCGGCAGCACCGUCACAACCACCGCCUCCCAAACUCCGACCGGUUCGCUCGUCGUUCAUACCACCGCCGCCGCCAUCGCCACCCCUCUCAAAGCCGCCAUCGCCUCUUCCGCCGUCACCGCCACCGCCGUCGCCUCAACCACCGUCGCCGCCGCCGCCACAGCAGCCAUCGCCGCCGUCACCCUCACCGCCACGAUCGCCCCCACCGUCGCCGCCGUCGCGGCCGUCGCCACGGUCUCCACCUUCGCCUCCGCCACCGCCGUCACCCUCACCACCGCCGCCACCCUCACCGCCAUCGCCCCCAUCACCGCCACCGCCGCUGGUCUGGCGCCGUGAAGGUAUUCUUCUGGAGGCUUGGGACAGUGACGCCAAGAGCGGCCGCUUCCCGGGCAUUACCUACAAGUCGCUGCGGCUGUGCAGCUCGCUAAUGCCCAACUUUACAGCGGCGCAGCUGCAAGCGGGGCCGGACCGUCCCCCAGCGCUCAUGGUACCUAGCAGCAGCAGCAACGGUGCCAAAAGCUCGACCGCGCCCAACACCUACUGUUUGAAGUACAGCGUUUGGUGCAAGGACAGCAAGCGGGAAUUGUACGACCUUUCAACGGAUCCGUACGAGCAGUACGACCUGAUGUCAUCGGCACCCUCCCGGCUGCUUACGCGACUGGACGCCAUGCUGAGCGUGUUGGUGCACUGCAGCGGAGCGGACUGCCUGCACCCCUUGGGGGCGCUGCACCCUACCGGAGAUGUGCUUACCUUUGAACAGGCCAUGCACCCCCGCCACGAUGCGCUGUACGCCUCCCUGCCGCGCUUCUCCUUCGCCACCUGCUACCCCUUCUACGUACCCGCUAACGAGCGCACCUUCACGCUGGGGCUUCCCGGCUUCCCGGCCAACGCAAGCUGGGAGAGCACGGGCAUCGUGUGGCCCAAGCCGGGCGGCGGAACAGGCUUCAAGAGUACGAAUGGCGAGGACUGAGGCUACGGCUGUGGAUCCAGUUGGCAUGUUCGUGAUGAACUGAAUUCUCCCGGGAGGGAAAUGACAAUGAAUGCCAUACCGUGAAAGAAAGGGAAGGAGGGAGGGAGGACUUGGUUGUAUCAGGAGCUCUGUUCGGCGGGGGGUGGCAGCAUGGGUUACUGCGAGCGGGGACUGAGGGUUAGCUGCAUGGGAAGUGGAGCGCAUGAAGCAUUACUGGGAUUAAUUUGAGUACUCACUACCUCACACGCACGCGUCUACUCUUGCGAGCCGUUCUAAUAAGCACGCAUUUGCGGUUGGGUUAUGUACGGCAUCGCCCGUUGCAAACUUUAACCCGUGACGCUAGGCUUGCCGGGGUCUGCAGACUGAAUACACAGGUAAUGUGAGCUACCUCCCGGCGAUGGGAGAGGCGUACCCGUUCCCAUUAUUUUUUCGCAAUGGAUAGUGGACGUGCAUGCAUGCGAGCGUUAGGGACGCAUCAGCCAUACGUGUCCGUGCAUCGUGCCGGUUGUUUUGUCGGCAACACCGUGUUCUACACGUGACCAUUGACUUUCUUGCUACUGGACUCACUCGGCCCUGCUUUCAAGUGCCGGUCCUCGUUCAUGACAGCCACCGUAACUGCUCCUUUUUUCUUUUCCGUACGCUUUGCUAUAUCCGAGAGUUCUCCUGUUGAGACUCUGUUUGUUAUGAGGUCAAACCUUCGACGUCACGUCGAUGGGUAUGGGUUUUUAGUAGGUAGCUUAAGCGGGUGUUCAGCAUACGCCCGAGUAUGUAGUAAGUUACCUUGAAGGCAGUAGCGCACUACUUGUCUUACGAGGGACCUCGUGCGAUGUGUAAUAUCGCAUGCAUAUGCAAG